UCAGGUAAAAAAGAAAAGAAAACACACACACACACACACACACACAGUAUCUGUACUUUUGCUCCAAUGGCUGCGACUGAAGAAGAAACCCAAAUGAGGACUAUAUCGGAACUUUCGGACCGAGCAAUUCGGCAUUAUGAGAGCCUGAGAAAAGAGCAAGAGAAAACCAAAAAAGAGUGUGAGCAGCUAAAACAGGAGAGAGAUGAGGCCUUGCAGAAGCUCGAAGAUUUUGAAAGAGUGUCACAUAUGGUGCUGCAGGAGGUCAGCAGUAUGCAGGAGAACCUGGAGGUUGAAAAGACCUGCAGGGAGACGGUGGAGGCCCUGGCAACGAAGCUGAACAGACAAAACCGCUCGCUAAAGAGGAAAAGCAUGAUGUAUAUGGCUCAUCUCGAUGCCAACGUCAUCGCUGAAAUCAACCUGGAUGACAGCGAGGAUGAGGAAAAUCAUCACGGGGAGGAGCCUGGAACGUGUAGCUCCUCCCACUGUCGCCAUCUCAUCUCAGAGUUGAGGAAUAAAUUAGAGUCGGCGUUGGAGGAGAAGAAGCGUUUAUCCAUCGAUCUGGAAACGACAAAGGAUCGGCUGCACAAAACCCGAGAGGAACUCUUGCGAGAAAAACACGAUAAUACUGUUUUGAUUGCUGAAACACUCCAACAAAAGAAGCUCUUGGGGAAGUAUAACAGAGUGUCUCUGUAUGCAGUGGAGGAGUACGAGGCCUUGCAGGCUGAUCUGGAGCUGGAGAAGGAUUUGCGUGUAGAGGCAGAGAAUUUUGCACACAAGAUGCUGGUGGAGCAGAAGAAGAUGAAGAGACAGAGUCAGGCCCUGAUGCAGAGUGUGUCACCUUCUGAAGCUUUGGCUAAUGCUCUUGAAGAGAUCACUGCGCUCACGCACACGUUGGAAUCACAGCGUCUGGAGCACCAGCAACAGCUGAAGCGUUUGGAGGAUGAACUUCACGGCUCUGAGUUGCGGAAGCAGCUGACUUCAUUGGAGAGGAAGACUGCGGUGCUGGAGGAAGAGAGAAAAGAGUUUAUGGAGAAAUGUUCCAGAUCUGAGACUGAGGCAAAGGAUCUUCGAUUUACCGUGGAGGAACUGCAGAAAAAACUGCAGCAGGUAUCAAAUCCUGUACCUGCCCCAGCUCCCCCUCCACCACCCCCACCACCUCCUCCUCCUCCACCUCCACCUUCAGCCUCAGCCAACCCGCUCAGCUCACUUAUGUCAUUGCUUCGUAAGAAAAAAGGCGCCAAUACUGACAUUUCUUUAGUAGAGAAGGAUGCAGCGCAGAAAGAUCCAGAGAAGGACAUUAGGCAGCAGGCUGUGUCAGAGAUGAUGGAAAGAAUUAAAAAAGGCAUUCAACUCCGUCCAGUUGGCCAGACAAUCAACAAGGCCAGACCACAACAGAAAGAACAAACGCCGUCUGGUUCUGCCAUUCAGGAACUUAAAGGGAUUUUGACUACUGUGAAACGCCCCUCGCCCUGCCCCUCCCCUCCAGGAAGACCCUCCUCUCCAGAGUCUGAACUCCAGAAAGUCCUGUUGAAACGACGAGGUGUGCUGAAAACAACAAACGAUAGCACUCAGCCGUUUCCCAGCAGUGUUCUGGACUUGACCCGGGUUAAGAUCGCUCCCACCGGUGCUGAUAAAAGUGCCAACAAUCACAACACACAACACUAAUACCUCAUCACCUAAACACACUUGAGCUGACCUUUUGGAACAGAGACAGACUGAUGAAACAGACUGAAUAAUAAACACACAAAGGCACACUGUGCUCAGCUACUCAGAGCGGUAAAAAAAAAAAAAGAUGAUACUUUUAUUUAUACAUUUUAUUUAGAAUUAAAAAUAUUUCGUUGUUAAUCAAAGUUUUUGUCACUGAUAUAGUGUCACGUAAAGGUGAUUUCUAAAAGUAUAAAACCUUCUCAGAUUACAAAAGAAGUAUAGAAUUAAUAAGUUUACUAUAAACUGUACACUGCCUGGUCAAAACAUAAUCAUAAAUUUGCACAUUCUAG